AUGCGCGUCAACGUCGCCUUUGGCAUCCUGGUCGGCUUUGCCAUGCUCGAGCUGCUCCUUCUUCAGGUUGCUGUGUUGGCUCAUGGAUAUGCUCAUGCUAUCACGAAGCCCGCCUCUCUGCCCACGUCGGCGAAAGGAGGUGGAGGCAUUCUCGCAAAGAGGAACGAAGAUAAUCGUAUUUGUAAUAUGGGCGGUGAGAUUACCUGCGGGCUUAGAAGCUUCUGUCUUGCUGACGCUGACGGCUUUCUCAUGUGUUGCCCGGAUGGCGAAAACUGCCGGCCUCCCACAACUUGCAUGGAGUUAACCCGUCUCAGCACUGAGGAUUGCCUUGCUCAAUCUGGCUGCCUUGCCUGCGUCCACAACCAAAUUCCAUAUUGCCUGCGGUAUUACAAUGACCAGUAUUCCGUCAACUCUUACCUUUGCACUUCUUCGCGCCCUGGUGAUAUCUCCAUGCGUAUGGUUGGGGGCUUGGUUGCCAGUAUUCCGAGAUGGGAGCCCAUCCAUCCUGACUCUGUUACGUCGGAUCAACCAGCGCAACCCACUGUCACAACUACCGCUGAGCCGGGUACUGUGGCAGAGAUAUCUUCUGAAUCGACCGAAUCUCAUGAAAGCGUAAUAACUUCAUCUGCUUCCGGAGGAGCUCCUACAAUUGUCACGAUAACGGUCAACGGCCAAUACGGACAGACCAAUACGUCGACCGCGGCCUCCACGUCGAAGCCAAGCACUGCCUCUGACAACGAAUCCUCGCAAUCUGACACUGGCAAGAAGGCGGGCAUAGCCAUCGGGGUGCUCUUGGUCUGCGGUCUUGCUGCAGUUGGAGCAUGGUUCGUGUACCGUCGUUAUCUCAAACUGCGCAGGAACAAUCAAAAUGCUCUAUGGCAGUCUCCUAGCGCCGGUCCUCACCACAACCCGAAUGCGGUCGAGCUGGACGCUAUGGACACUCGAAGGGUGGAAAUGGAUCAUUCUCCAGCUUCACGCUCGGAGAUGGACGCAUCUCCCCGGCCAUCUGAGCUCGCAUCUCCUCCUCCGGCCUUGGAGCUUCCGACGGAUAAGCUCCCGUCUCCCCCGGUCUCCCCUCUGCCUCCUCUCGAUAACGGCGUCCCCAACGGUAGCCGCUCUCCGGUUUCUCCUCUGAACAGCCCUGUCCCGGAGGCGGCUCCGGGAAGGUACGGAGUGGGAGGGUACCUGAACCCGGAGUACGCUCUCCGGGACGGGCUGUACCCUGAUGAGGAUGACAGGCAAGUCGCGGAAAACAAAAUUGCGUUUUGA